AUGGAGAAUUAUACUGUGAUCCUUGAUCCCAACAGCAAAAGUCAAACGCAUAAUAUUUUGAGGCAAGUGCUUGAGUUCUUCAUGGUCCUAUGCUUGAGUUUUUACUUGUAUUUCAUCAGAGGUAUAUUGAAGGUCUUCUUCAGCACAGCCUGUGUCAGAGAGAAUGCUCGCUACAUCCUUUUUGCCCACAUGCUUUUCAGUGAUACAUUAUAUCUUGUCCUAUCAAUUUUUUUGCAUUUUACUGCCACAUACCUGGUAUUAAUUCCUGUGCCAAUUUGCUACAUUCUGGUCACUGUGUCUUCAACCACCUUUAAGGUCACUCCAUACAAUCUGGCAGUCAUGUCUCUUGAGCGCUAUACAGCUAUUUGCUUUCCGCUUCGACAUGCAGAGCUUAGUAACAGACUAAGUGCUAAUGUGGCCAUUGUGCUCAUUUGGGUUGUAGGACUCCUACCUAAUUUUGUUGACUUUAUUUUUUUAAGCUCCUCUGUAGACAAAAGCUAUUUCUCCCUUUCAUUGAAAUGUUCCCGACAACAAAUUACAAUUACUGCAGCUCAAAACAAUAUACGUUUCUUCACUCAUACAUUCACCUUUUCUACAGUGGGAUUGAUAAUUAUUGUCACUUACAUAAAAAUCAUGAUGGUUGCUUUAAGCAUUGACUCUAACAAGUCUGCAUCCAAGGCUGGGAAAACCGUCAUGUUGCAUGCAGUCCAGCUCAUGUUAUGUAUGCUUGCUUUCAGUUAUACGCUUACAGAAAUGUAUCUCAGAGCGUAUGUUGAAUUCAUGCCUGUAUUAAACUUUGCUUUCUUGAUGUGUCUACCAAGGUUUCUUAGUCCUUUAAUUUAUGGCAUAAGGGAUGAAGUGUUUCGAAAUUAUAUCAAUAAGUUUUUACUCUGCAAUGCAUUAAAGAUAAACUCAGGUGUAAAUAGUACUGAGCAUGCACAUUAG